AACAAUCAUAUUUCAAGAAGUAUUCCGAACAAUUCCAGAAAAUCCAGAAUCAAUUAAGCAGUCACAUAAAGAGAUUGAUAAAGUUUUAGAAGUUUAUGACAAGCUUUUAGAAGGAAAAGAAUAUUUAGCUGGCAAAUUUUCCUUAGCCAAUCUUUUACAUUGUCCUUCUACCAAACAUGUUGAUUUGUGGAAUAAAAGACUUAAUGUUAAAAAAUGGUGGGAUAGAAUAAGCAACAGAGAUGCCUGGAAAAAAGCUUGGGAAGGCAACAGAGCUGCCUGGAAAAAGAUAUUGGAAGAGAAAGAGAAAUAG